UGUUGAGGAGGGUGUACAGAAUUGUGAUGUGACUGAAAGGCGGUGUGGAAGUGUCUUGGUGGAAGAAAUCAGAAAGGAUAUCCAAGGGGAUCUGAAACAAGUAGAGCACCUCAAGAAGCAACAGGGAAACCCUCCAGGAGAGACUGUGAGGAAUCUCCUGGACUGCAGCACAGGUCAAAAACAGCCCGAAGAUGCAAGGAGUAAGGAAGUGUGCCAGGAGAAAAGGCAGAACCCACGUGCUGAGUGUGGAAAAAGCCUGAAAAGCUUUUUAACCACUGUUGUGUAUGCUCAAUGAAGAGAUUGUACAAGUGUUCAGAUUGUACCAAAAGCUUCAAAUGGAAAUCCCACCUCGCCUUCCAUCAGCGCAUCCACAGAGGAGAGAGAUCCUUUAGGUGUUCUGAGUGUCCAAAGAGCUUCAAGAACAGUUUCCCCCUCACCUGCCACCAGUGCAUCCACACAGAGGAGAGACCCUUCAAGUGUCCUGAAUGUCCAAGGAGCUUUAAAACCAAUUCCCACCUCACUGGUCACCAGCGCCUCCACAAAAGGGAGAGAACCAUUAAGUAUUGUGAGUGUGGGAAGGGUUUCAAAUACAGCUCUGUACUGCAGUGCCACCAGCGCAUCCACACAGGAGAGAAACCCUUCAAGUGUUGUGAGUGUGGGAAGCACUUCAAGUACAGUUUUGUACUGAAGUGUCACCAGCGAAUGCACACAGCAGUGAGACCCUUUCAGUGCUCUGAGUGUGGGAAGGGCUUCAAAUUUGCUUAUCAAUUACAGCACCAACGCAUCCACACAGAAAAGAGACCCUUUACAUGUCCUGAUUGUUCAAAGAGCUUCAAAAUCAAUUCCCAGCUCACCUACCAGCAGCGCAUCCACAGAGGACAGAGACCCUUUAAGUGUCGUGAGUGUGAGAUGAGCUUCAAAUACAAUUCUGUAUUGAAGCGCCACCAGCGCAUCCACACAGGGGAGAGACCCUUCGAGUGUCCCGAGUGUCCCGAGAGCUUCAGAACUAGUUUCUACCUCACCUGCCACCUCAUCCACACAGGAGAGAGACCCUUUAAGCGCAUGUCAGCAGUUUGUGACGUGGUUUGGCCCGGUUCUGUGACUGGUGAAGGAGGAGGAUCCACGGAUCCAUGCCCCAGAAAAGGGAGAAUGGGAAAAGGAAAAAGGGGAAGGAGGAAAAGGGAAAAGGACAGGUAGACGGGCCUAACAUCCAAACAGUGGCAGUGAUCUGAAGAGGAAAGCUCAUUUACUAGAAAAUAUAUCAGAACGCAAGAUAACACAAUAUAGUACAGUCUAAUGGGAAUUGGAGUUAAUAAAUAAAAGUGAGAGAG